AUGAGCGACAGCGACAGCGAGAUCGACAGCAUGCUUCACGCGUUGGGACUCCCGCCUUCGCAGAGAAGCACCGGAUCGGCAUCAUCGUCGCAACCAACUAGUACUAGUUGCCGCGCACCACUGUUACCACGACAGCCAAUACCGGAUUCAUCCAUUGUCGACCUAUCCGAGACGUCUCCAUUGACAAAACGAUCCAAAGUUCGUUCGAGCCCGAUCCUCGCCCCUGCCGCCAAUGUCUACUCUGCUCCUCCCGUUUGUGAUGUGAUUGAACUCACAAGCGACAGCGAGCCCGACACUCAUCGACACACGCGAUCGCCAAGUCCUUCGAAUCCCGUGGAUGUCUCCAUUAUAAGCAUCAAUACGAACUCGGACGAGGAAGAGCCCAAUGCCUUGCUCCACAAUGACGACGACAUCCUUCCGUACGAGGACGAGGAUUACUUCAAUGCGAUGCAGCAAGGAACACUGACAUACAGCCCUACGUCCGACAUUUCGAUGGCUCUGCCUCCUUCAACACCAUCCACAUCUCUAGUGACCCCAGACCCGGUUACUACCCGACCAUCACCACCACGACCUGUCCCACCUUCGCGACCUCGAAAGCGUUCCAAACCGGUGCUCUAUGUCGCACUGGAAGCUUCGUGGAGUGAAUCGGAAGCUGCAGUGAAGUUCAAAGAGGCACUGGCUUCCCAUACACCGAAACCCAUCCCACUCGUCCCUGCCAUUCAGUGUGACGUAUCAUCCGUCGUGCUCUGGGAUCAUGCUGCUACGUUGGGCGCUUCAAAUGAGCCGAUCUUGACGCGAGUGCCCAUGGCAUGCCGAGUGUUUCCAGCGUUGGACUUCCUCGCAGCCAUAGACGCGCAAUACGCCCCCAUUUACGACGUGAUAGGUCAGCUUCGGAAUGUGCUCAACGACUCGACUGCGCGGAUCUUUCUUGUCGUGGAAGGUAUGGACAAGGCCCUAAUUGCAGAGCAACGCAAGCAACGAAAGACGCCGCUGACGUUUGCGCACGUCCAACACGCAUGCGUGCAUUUGUUCAUGAAUUCUUUCUGCCACAUCAAGUUCACUACCGACGUCAACGAUACCGCGCAAUACUUGUACUCUCUCACAAGAGAAAUCGGCCUGCUUCCACAAGCGGACGAGGUGGACUUUUUGACGCAUGUUGGUCGACUCACUUCGCUUCGCGCGACCCCAGAUGGAGACACUUCCAACGAGCUGACUAAUACGUGGCUGCGCAUGCUCCAAAUGGUCCCAGGAAUGAGCGAAGAACGAGCUCAACGAGUCGUGGGGUUUUAUCCAACGAUGCAGUCGCUGCUACAAAUAUAUCACAACCCGGCGCUACCAGUCGAGGCAAAGGAAGUCGUCCUUGCGGAGAAAAUCAAUGCCAACUCGAUCGAAAUCGUACUCUCCAAGCGAAUAUACACCGUGUUCACAUGCACGGACCCCAAUCGUGUCGUGUAAAGCCUCAUACAAACGUCACUCUCGAACGUUCUCGAAGACACAAUGCCUCGUUUGCGUCCGCACAUCAGACACAGAAAAAUUCGACCCCAUCGCACCAAGUUGCGUCGUCGG